AGUACCUCCUUUAACUAUGGAAAUAGAAAAUUACAUCUGACUGGGAUAGUCUGCCAUUUCUUGUGUGCCAUUUCUAAGAUAUCUACCAAUCCUAGCUGACACUGCAAGUAACUACCAUUUGAUGGUAUGUAAGACAUCAAAUCUUUUUCACGUUAAAUGAGUUCUUCAAUCAAAUCAAAACUCUUAUUCUUGAGCAAGCAGCCAAGAACAACAAUUUCCUCUCCAUUUUUUGCAGUACAACAUAAAAAAAACAAACAAAAAAACUUUGUAGCUUUUGCUUAGAACUCUCCAUGUUACAAUAACAGUCCAUUAGCACUUUUUUUAUUUGUUCCAAAAUGAAAAGAUUAAACUGAUCGGAUACUGUCAGCCAUCCAGCAUACUCCUGGGGCUUACAAUCUCCACUAAUUUCCCAUCAUUAGUGGAGAAUGAUGGGAGAAUAUCUGAAGUGGAGAAUUCUCUUUGUAAUAUCUAAAACAUGCUUGUGUCUUCUCAUCCAGGUGAAAAAGUGGAGAAACAGCUUUGCCGGGAUGCCAUCCUUCCAAUGCCUACCAUCUGUGAGGUGCCUUGCUCCAAGGACUGCGCUCUAAGCCCUUGGACUCCCUGGUCAUUUUGCUCCCAUACCUGCUCUGGAAAAAACACAGAGGGGAAGCAGACCCGAGUGCGUUCUAUACUUGCUCAUAACGCAGGAGAAGUGACUGCUAAAGUUGUGGCAUGGGUUUCUGUGAUGCAGGGUCCUUCGCUACUGUCGCUGGUCCAGCCAGUAUUUGGAGGACUCCAGUGUCCCAAUGUCAGUGCACUGCAAGAGAUGAGGAACUGCAAUGAGCAUCCAUGCACUGUGUAUCAUUGGCAAACGGGUUCCUGGGGGCAGUGCAUCGAGGACUCUUCAGGUCCAAACACUAACACGUCUUUGGGGAGAACGCGUGGCGAUGACAUCUCAUGCUCAGUGGGAAUGCAAACUCGCAAAGUCAUUUGUGUCCGAGUCAAUGUGGGCCAAGUUCCUCCUAAAAAGUGUCCAGAGAGUCUCCGUCCAGACACUGUAAGGCCGUGCCUGCUUCCCUGCAAAAGAGACUGUACUGUCACCCCAUACAGUGACUGGAGCCUCUGCCCCCUGGUGUGUCAAACAGGUGGAAAGACUAAGAGUAAGCAGUACAGGAAGCGGAUGAUCAUUCAGUUACCAGCUAAUGGAGGACAGGACUGUCCUGAGAUUCUGAGUCAGGAAAGAGAGUGUGAAGCACCAUCUGUCUGUCAUAAUUACAGAUGGAAAACCCACAAGUGGCGUAGAUGUCAGCUCGUUCCAUGGUCUGUCCGACAGGACACUCCAGGAGCUCAGGAGACCUGCGGUCCAGGUAUUCAGUUCCGAGCCGUUUCUUGUCGAAAGCUGGACGAUGGGCAGGCAGACGUUGAGGUUUGUCUCAAGCUUGCCAGCCCCAUGCCUCCUCUCACCCAGCUGUGCCAUCUUCCAUGUCAAGAUGACUGUCAGCUCAGUAGCUGGUCCAAGUUUUCUACCUGCACAGCUGACUGUGUGGGCGUCAGAACCCGCAAGAGGAUACUUGUAGGAAAAAGCAAAAAGCGUGAUCAGUGCAAAAACAACCAGAUGUAUCCUCUAAGUGAGACCCAGUACUGUCCAUGUAAUAAAUACAACGCCCAGCCUGUGGGCAACUGGUCAGACUGUAUUCUCCCAGAGGGCAGUCGCAUGGAGAGCCAGCCUGGUGUGAGGGUGCAGGGAGACAUGAAGGAGUGUGGCCAAGGAUACCGCUACCAAGCCAUGGUGUGCUAUGACCAGGACAAUCGCAUAGUGGAAACGUCUCGCUGCAACAGUCAUGGGUAUAUUGAGGAGGCUUGUAUCAUCCCCUGUCCAUCUGACUGCAAAUUAAGUGAAUGGUCCAACUGGUCACGCUGUAGCAAGUCAUGUGGCAGUGGGGUCAAAGUUCGCUCUAAGUGGCUCAGAGAAAAGCCAUACAAUGGUGGAAGACCAUGUCCCAAACUGGACCAUGUGAACCAGGCUCAAGUAUAUGAGGUGGUGCCCUGCGUCAGUGACUGUGGACAGUAUGUUUGGGUGACAGAACCUUGGAGUGUAUGGAAGGUCAGCAGUGUGGACGUGAAGAGUAACUGUGGUGAAGGUGUGCAGACCCGAAAGAUCAGGUGUAUGCUCAACACAAUAGAUGGCCCAUCAGAGCAGGUCGAGGAUUACCUCUGUGACCCAGAAGAGAUGCCUCUGGGAGCCCGGAACAGCCGCCUGCCCUGUCCUGAGGACUGUGUGCUAUCAGACUGGGGAGCCUGGAGUGCAUGUCCUCUGCCCUGCAGUGAGAACAGUACACGGGUCAGGGUUGCUUUCCCACUCCGGAAGCCAGGAAAGGAGAAGAAAUGUCCUCCGACUAAAGAAGCUGAACCGUGUAAAAUAAACAGCAACUGCUUUCACUACUCAUACAACAUCACAGACUGGAGCACCUGUCAGCUCAGUGACAGAGCGGUUUGUGGAUAUGGCCUCAAAACCCGCAUGCUUGACUGUGUGCGUAGUGAUGGAAAAUCUGUAGACCUCAGUUUUUGUAAAGAGUUGGGUCUAGAACGGAAGUGGCAGAUGAAUGCUUCCUGUGUGGUGGAAUGUCCUGUCAACUGCCAGCUGUCUGAAUGGUCACCAUGGUCGGAGUGUACACACACCUGUGGCUUGGCAGGUACACUGUGGCGGACACGAACUGUAAUUCAGACUCCUCAAGGUGAUGGCAGGCCGUGCCCAUCACAGAUGAAACAAUGGAAGCCUUGUCUAGUAAAGCCAUGCUACAGUUGGCGAUACAGCGCCUGGUCGGAGUGCAAGUCAGAUGGGGCGAGGUGUGGGGAAGGCAUGCGCUUCAGGAAUGUGUCCUGCUUUGUGUCCAAUGGUUCCGGUCAGCAGGAUAGCAGCGUGGUUGAUGAUGAGCUAUGUGGAGAUGUGGAACUUUCAGUGAAUGGAGACAGACAAAUUAUUCUGCAGGAACUUUGUACUGUCCCCUGCCCAGGAGAAUGCUACCUGACAGAAUGGACUGUCUGGAGUCCAUGUCAGUUAAGCUGUGUGAGUGGGGAUGACCUUGGUUUUGGCUCAAUCCAAGUUCGAUCCAGAGCUAUAGUUGCUCAGGAUCCUGAAAACCUGCUUGAGUGUCCUGAACAAGAACUGGAGGCACGGCCAUGUGCAGGUGGACAAUGUUUUGAAUACAAGUGGAGGACUGGAACAUGGAGAGGUUCGUCUCGUCAUGUCUGGUGCCAGCGCUCUGAUGGGAUGAAUGUCACAGGUGGUUGUCUGGCAGCAGCCAAGCCAUUGGCGGAUCGAUCUUGUGACCCUCCUUGUACUAAACCAUGGUCCUUGUGCACAGAGGCAGGUGUAUGUGGCUGUGAAGAGGGCUACACUGAAGUGAUGACAUCUGACGGUGUGUUGGAUCAGUGUACUGUCAUCCCAGUGCUGGAGAUCCCAACUGCAAGUGACAACAAAGCUGACGUGAAGACCAUCCGAGCCUACAACCCCAUCCAACCUGCAGCCAGUGCGCCAGGCAGAGCAGGGAGAACCUGGUUCCUGCAGCCCUUUGGUCCAGGUAACACACUGUGGAGGCUGGUUCUCUCCCUGGUUCUCUACCUCAGGUACAUUUCCAUGCAACUAUUUCAACAUGUUUCUGUUACCUGGGUUGAAGUGAAGAAACUUGUCUGCAUCAUGAAGAUCAGCAGGUUGGUGUAUAGCAUGCAGCAAACAGACCAACGACUUUAAAGGAACAAAUGGAAAAUAUGUCUUCAGGCAUUAAUUUUAGUUGUGUAUGUGACGUGUGGUCAUUUGUUCAUUUGUUUAUUUAUGUGGGUUUUCCUGAUGAAACAGUUUCCUAUCUCUAUUACAAUACUUUGAAAUAUUUUGUGCUGACUUAUAAUCACAAGACUUAGGGUGCGUUCACA